CAUUUGAGUCCUGUGGCUUAGGAUGACUGAGUUUUCUUCUCUUACCAAAAUAGCCUUUAGAAGGAAUGGAAUCAGUAGAUUAAAUGUCACUCAUGAAAGUGGAAGGGCAGUAUUGUAAAAGAAUGGGCUUUUUCCCAGUGUAACCUCUUGGAGUGGACGUCUGUUUAUUCUGCUGUCUUCAUUUGGUGCCUUAGAGAAUCGGUUGAAAAAGCAUUUAUUUAUCGGAUGAGUUACUAUGUAGAAAAUGCUCUGCGCCCCUCAAAAUGUUUUCUAAGUACUCACUGUUAUUCUUAAGCUCCUUCUCCACACUAAACACUGGGCUCCAAGCCAAAAAGGAACCCUUCAUGGUUGCCAGAACGUAAGGGUUGGACUAAAUAUAUAAACAUGUGGUUGCCAGAAAUUAUUACUCAAGUCAGAAUGACUUGUUGCAGUUUAUUUAUAAAAUAGAGGGAAAGAGUGAAAGUAAGGAAAUGAGAGAGAGUAGAUAACUACUCUGGCCCGGUCUGAACCAGGCAGGGCUUCAGAGGCCCCAGCAAAGUGGGCCCAGAGGUAAAUUAAACAAGGAUUUUAGCCACGAGGCCUCCUCCAAAACGGGCUUCUCUGGAGGUUAGAACCUCCAGAAAAGCCAGGAAAAGGAGUGCGCUUUUUCACUCACCCACGUGGUGGUCCUAAGGGAAAAUCCAAGAGCAGUCUGAGGUUCCCAAGCCAGACAUCCUUCAAGGUCAAGUUCCAAGGUGCAAGGUGGUCAGAGGCAGUUCUUGCCACUUUUAAAGACCCGUCCUGUCUUCACUUCCUGUGCCUUCCUUCAACUGGACCUGGACCAACUGCAGCUAUAGCUUGGCUGAGGCCUGCCCAGGGAGUAGUCAGUCAAUUCUGAUUGUCACUCACAGACCUCCCCAUACUUAAGGAUAUAAGUGAGGUGUAUGCACUUUUGGUGAUUAAAUCUAAAAAUGGGCAGGGGAGAGCUAAUCCCAUCUUCACAAUGAACUAAUCUCUGACUUCCAGGAGCCAGUGUUCUAAUGAUGGGAGACAAGGUUUACAGACCCAAGCACAGAAAUAACACACAAUGAAAACAAGGUUACUGACAGCAAAGACUUGGGGAGAAGGAUAGAUAGGAGGCAUCAGCAAAGUGGCUUCUGGCAGAAGGAGGCACUGGAGUGAAGUCGUGGAGAAAACGGGGCUUUUCCCUGAGCAUUGAAAUGAGGGAAAGAGCAUCUCAGGCUUGGGGGACCACUAGUGUCCGCUGACUGCUGCCCCUUUGUUUCUCUAUUCAGAAAGGAGCCUCUUCUGUUUUGGCAGUCUGAUGUGCCAAAUAGUAAUGUGUGACAAGGUGAUCGUCUCACAAACUUACUUUUACACUCAUUUUGAUGAUAUUUGUUUUUACACCACCUUGGGUCUUUGUGACUUCUGUGAUUUUGUAACUGACCUUUUAAGGGAAAUUGGAUACCUGUUUUUCCUCCAGCUCCCUUCUUAGUCUUCCUAGGUUAGUUUGUUUUCUUUGUCUAGCAGCUUUCAAAUCAUGUCAUCAGCAUGAUCUCCAUUUCUCUUUUGUACCAGCUUCUGUCCCCUGUUUGAUUAAGAAUUCAUCCCCUCCCUAUAGCCAUGAAGGGUUCUUUAGGAUCUCCAUCUGAUCUCUCAUCAUUGGGGCAUGAGCCUUUUUUGAAUUGGCUGUAGACUAUGGUUUAAGAUAUUGGCCUGAGCUUCCUAUUUGUCACCUUGCUUUGCCUCAGACAACAGAACUACUACCAAGUAAGCCCAUGAAGCUCCACAGCAUUGCCAGCAGAAUAUCACACUUAACUUUGGAAGUUCUCCAGACCAAGGGAGGUUAUUUCUUCUGUUGUUCAGCAUCAGGAACCAUUAGGGACAACUUUUCUGGCUUAGGUUUCUUUUAAGUCAACUUUUUUGCCUCUGAAAGAACUUUUGUGGAUCCCCUUUGGUCCCCUCAAUGUCAUUACCAGACUUAAGAACAGAAGUCGAAUGGAAAAGGGUUUUCGAUCGUAAUUAUGUCUGUAUGGCCAUACCUCCAAAAGAUCGAUCCCACGGCAGAUGCAAGUUUCUUGGGCUGGAUUAUUGCUUCUUAUAGUCUCGGCCAGAUGGUAGCUUCACCUCUCUUUGGUUUAUGGUCUAAUUAUAGACCAAGGAAAGAACCUCUUGUGAUCUCAAUCUUCAUUUCAGUGGCAGCCAAUUGCCUUUAUGCCUAUGUCCACGUACCUCCUUCCCACAAUAAAUACUAUAUGUUGGUCGCUCGUGCACUUGUGGGAUUUGGAGCAGGAAAUGUAGCAGUAGUAAGAUCAUAUAUUGCCGGUGCUACUUCCCUUCAAGAAAGAACGGGUGCCAUGGCCAACACCAGUGCUUCCCAGGCCUUGGGCUUUAUCCUUGGUCCAGUUUUUCAGACAUGUUUUGCUCUGAUUGGAGAAAAGGGAGUGACGUGGCAAGCCAUUGAUCUUCAGGUGAACAUGUACACAGCCCCAGUUCUCCUCGGUGCCCUUUUGGGAGUUGUCAAUAUUGUCUUGAUCUUUGCUGUCUUAAGGGACCAUCAGGUGGACGACUUGGGAAGACAGUGCAAAAGCGUCAAUUUUGAAGAAGCAAACCCGGAUGAAGUUCAUGAUGCUCAGGGGAGCAUUGAUCAAGUUGCUGUCAUCACCACCAACAUUCUUUUCUUCAUCAUCCUUUUUAUAUUUGCUCUUUUUGAAACCAUUGCUACUCCACUAACUAUGGAUAUGUAUGCUUGGACCAGGGAACAGGCUGUUUUAUAUAAUGGAAUUAUACUGGCUGCUCUGGGAGUUGAAGCAGUGAUAGUUUUCAUGGGAAUUAAAAUACUUUCCAAAAGAGCCGGAGAGCGCGCGCUUCUGCUCGGAGGACUCGUCGUCGUUUUCAUUGGGUUCUUUAUAUUGCUCCCGUGGGGAAGUCAGUUCCCGAAAAUACAGUGGGAAGACUUGCAUAAUAAUUCCAUUUCGGACGCGCCGGCUGCAGAAAGGGCUCCAUAUUUGUGGACGUUGCCAGCAGGAAAUUCUAGCGAAGGACCAACCGGCUGCCCAGUCAGGCAGUCCUGGUGUCUCUCUACUCCCGUGAUUCACCUGGCCCAGUUCCUGGUUGCUGCCGUCCUGAUCGGAAUGGGCUAUCCAGCCUGCAACGUUAUGUCCUACACCUUGUACUCAAAGAUUUUGGGACCAAAACCUCAGGGCGUCUACAUGGGCUGGCUGACGGCUUCCGGAAGUGGAGCGAGGAUUCUCGGGCCCGUGUUCGUCAGCCAGAUGUAUACUUACUGUGGGCCUCGGUGGUCCUUCAGCUUGGUCUGCGCAAUCAUUCUGCUCACCGUGGUCCUUUUGGGCGCCGUUUACCGGAGACUCAUUCCCUUUUCCGUGAGGCACGGGAGAGUCCAAGAAGAAACUUAACUUCCGCUACGGGGGGAGCCCCGCACCAGAGGCUUCCUCUUACCAUUGCCGGGAGCCCGAGGACUCAGAAAAACAAACGAUAGUCGUGUCCUGUGCUGUGGAACCUGGACUGAACAUGGGCUACGUGGAGAACUUCCCUCUGUGGGAGGCAAAACAAAGGCUCAGCCGCAUUCCCGAAGGAGCUGCGUCACCGGCUUCAUUUCGAACCCCAUUUAUACCGUGUCCAAUAGAGAAGAGAAAGAGAUUUUUUUUUUAAGUGUGGACCGUAGUAACUCUUAACUGUAAUGUAAGUCAGGGGCUGAGCUCCCCGUCGUCUUACCACCAAAAAUACAGAAAUGUAUAUCUGUGCACAUGAUGUUCUUGCUGAGGUGUGCAAGUCUUCAUGACCCCGUUUGGGGUUUUCUUGGCUGGAGUGGUUCGCCAUUUCCUUCUCGGGCUCAUUUCACAGAUGAGGAAACUGAGGCAGGCAGGGUCACGCAGCUAGGAAGUGUUGGAGGCAGGCUUUGAAUACGGGAGGAGUCUCCACCCACUUUGCCCCCCAGAUUCCAGUAUAUUAGACUGUAUGGCAUUGAGGUGCCCGGCUCCCGACAGCAUUGGGAAGACCCGAGUUCAGUCCUCCAAAUGACUGCCGUAUCCUUCAGAUUCCCAGCCCUUCCUUGAGUCCCAACAGUGGACAAAGCAGCGUGCUAGGCACUACAGGAGGCCAGCAGGCACGGCUCCAUGUAAGAAAUGGCCUUGGGCAGCUUCACCCCAACUAUGGAUUUCAACGAGAGCUGGGUAGGGGGCACCGGGAAAAAGCACGGGGUGGGAAAAGGCGAGGGGCCUGAAGAGAGAGCAGGGGGCCGGGCAGGAAGGAAAUUCUCUUGUGCCUCUGAGAAGGGGGGGGGGAGUUGGGAUUGAAAACUAUGGAAUUUUUGAAAAAGAAACUAAGAUGAGGUGGAGACGAUGGCACCGCGUUUUGGGGAACCCAGCCGGAGGGGGCUGUGACUGCCAGGCUAAGCAGCUCACUCAAGUUCUCAUCGGCGGAUCCCUCGCCUGAAACGUAUUCCUGAGCGAGCACAGACACCCAGCUGGUGUCGGCGUCUUUCUCUUCCGUGCUAAUGAAAACUCUGCUUGGAUGAUACCAACGCGCGGGUCCAAGGGUAUGGAACAAGGAGAUGCUGGCCUGAGCCCGGGGAAUGUUCUGGGCAUGCCUUUAAGCCUGAAGAAGUGGCGCUAUUUUAACCCCUUCGUUUCGCCAGCGGCCCAGAGGAGAGAGCAGACCAAGUUACUCCUCUUUGUUCAAGAAGACAGUCUGCCAUUUGCCGCCAAAGAGUGUUAGUGGCGGGACACGCUUGGGGGAACCCAGGUCUGUGAGUCACACACGGAGCCUCCGCGGCUCUUCUCCUUCUCUGCCCUGGGUUUGCCUGAAUCGCUCUACGGACCAAACCGUUCUGCUUAGACAGGGAAUAGCCAGCUGGAAAGGGUGACCAGCACGUGUCGGUAGCCAGGGUUUAUAGACAGAAUACAAGAGGAUCUUCAGAGUUUUUUCUAGGCCGGUUUUCUCCUAGAAGCUGAGUGUAUCUCCUCCUACUUGUGAUUCUAUAAGUGCACUUCAGCCGAACUAAGUUUGACUCCAUCUCUGUAGCUCACUCCUGCCUGUGGGAAGGGAGCUGUCCAUCGUGGCUUUCUUUGCAGCUCCAGGUCUGCGGCAGGGAGCGGUGGACUUUGACAUCCCUCAUCAGGCUUGCUCUCCAGUGACAGCGACAGACCGCCCGCCCCAGCCAGUGGGCCCCCUGGUCCACAGGCUUCUCCUUGUUGGCCAGGGCCUAAUUCUGAGAAAAAUCCACCUCUCUGGCUUUGGGGUGGGCAUGAAGAGAGAGAGAAGGAAGCUUCCGUCAUCAUUGUGGCCCAGCUCCAGCCAGGGUGGGAUUGGAAACAGCGAGGCCUGCCCUGCCCCUCCUGAGGGGCAUUCAUCGCCCGUGGACCCCGCUUGGGAUGUUGGAAAGCAGCCUGGGCCCUGGGGAAGCCAGCAUUCCAGAGCACGUCCUCGCCCGCAGCGGUCAGGGCACCGUCAGCGCAGGGCAAGGACUCUGCUCUGAGUUUCGGACUAAACCAUUUCUGACAGGAAGGAAAGCAAGUGGCCCUGAGCUAGACUUCCCUGGUCAGGCCUGGCUUGACAGCCCGGGGUCUGGGGGACGUCGUCUUCAGAUGGGGCUGAAGAUUGAGAUCCUGCUCUUUCCACGCUGCUUGUAACUAGGGAACAAGCUCCAUAGCCCCUUUUUCAAAGUCUGAAGGUUUCCCUUUUGCCUUUCAAAGAACACUAACUUGAGCGGGAGAGCCCCAAAGCGUCCCUGAGAAGAGGCAGUGCCCCGAGGCCCGGGGCCACGCUAGAGAAUCUCGUGGCUGUGCCAAGUCUGCCCAGAAUCAAGGCCGGCCUUCUCGACAGUACUAUUAGAUGGGGUCUGCUCUCGAGGGCUCCUCACGACUGCUGGUGAAUGUUGGGAUGUCGUGCCUGCUCCAUUCUCGACGAUCUCUUGAAUGAUACAGGCCUGCCUGCUUGGCACUCUGGUGCACUUGUGUGCAGUGACUUUGAAGUGUGCUGGUCACGGCUCUCCUACAGUGUGUCUAAUGGCUCUUCUUGGCCCCCCAGUUUGGCCCAGGAGCUGCCCAAGGUUUCUGAGCUGAGCCAAGGGACAGCACGUCUGCGUUGGAUGGAGAGCAGCAGAGCCCUGGUUGAGUGCAGGCUGGCAGGAGGCAAACUACAGUGGGGGCUGCCUUUGGCCUUCUGUAAAAAUAAAAAGUGAACUGUAAAUCUAAUAAAGCCAUGGAUUGAUUAUUGA